UAAUGUAUCAUUUACGACUCAUCAGGUUUGCCGAUAACAUUGAAAACACAUUUUCGUUAAUGAUGUUUGGAUUGGUACUAUAUUUUUGUAGUACAUUUUGUCUAGCCGGAUUUUUAUUUCUUACUAUGAUUACUGAUCGAGAGAUAAAUGGCGCGAGUGUCCUACAAGCAUGUUACUUAGCAUUUAGUGUUUUUACUUUAUUUACAUAUACGUUUCUCUAUUGCGGUGCGGGAGAACUUGUAACAGGACAAUGUGAAGCUGUAUAUCGUGCAAUAUGUGAUCUUGAGUGGUACAAAUUGGAAUCAAGAAAAGCGAGGAAUCUUAUUUUAUUAAUGGCACGAGCCAACAAACCGUUUUGCAUCUCUACAGGAAAAAUUUUUCCCUUAACAAUGGCUACAUUUUGCAGCCUUUUAAAAACGUCGGGUGGAUAUAUAUCGUUUUUGCUAGCAAAGGGAAGUUGAAAAUCACGUUAACAUACUUUUAUUCAGUUCUAUAGAGAAGACGAAUGUAUAUCCAAUAACAUAUU